AUGCCCGAAGUGGGUGUUUAUCCCUCCCAAGAAAUUAAUGCGUUUGCUACUGGUUCGGCUGGCAAUACUUUGAUUGCUUUUUCUACUAAUUUAAUUAAUACCAUGAACCUCUCCGAAAUUAGAGGGGUAGUCGGGCACGAAUUAUCUCACCUUAUCCAUUAUGAUAUUGCUCGGAUUUUAGUAGUGCAAGGAAUAUUUGAUGUUCUUCAUUUUGAUGAAAAUACCAAGGCAACCGGUGAGCCAAAUUCAGUGUCCUUAUUGAAAUUCAACCCGGAAAAGAAAAAAAGGGGGCUACUUGAGUUAUUCCGAACGCACCCUCGCUUGGAAGAAAGAAUUGAGAGAUUGGAAAAAUUAAAAAAACAGCGAAAACUACUUG